AUGGAGGCUAGUAAGUCCAGCAAGUCCGGCAGGUCCAGCAAGUCCGGUCAGCACCAGCACAAGGAAAAAGACAAGGGCGACUUCCUGGAAUUGGCGGCACUGCAUAUAACGACUGGCAGUCUUGCGUCCCGAGAAAAGGAUCUCAAGGAAAUUAGAACCAAGAUCAAGGAUAAGGAAGAAGAAAGGAAGAAGGUUAAGAAGCAAGAGUCCUGCAUCAAGAGGAAGAUUAAGUUGGAAUCGCUCGAUAAGAAGAUUAAAAAGUUGAAGAAGGAGAAAGAGGAGUUGAAGGAGGAGAUCGAAAAAUAUGCGAAGUCGUGCAACAAGCAGAGAGCUAAGUUUUCGGAGUGUUCCAAUUCAGUAGGCAACGAGUGGGCGUACAUGUUUGCGAAGAAGACAACGACUCUCCAUAGUAUCACAUCAAUGAACCGUCUCAUCCUCAACAAACAUCCACAUUACAACUAUUCACCUUGCACCGAGAACUCCUACAGCAUGAAGGAAUCAAAGCAAGCCCCCCUCUAUAUGCCUUGCAUCACCUGCUGCACAGAGAAGCUUGACCUAGUCAAGCAAGCUCCCCUCACCGUCUGCGAGAUGUGGGUGGAGCAGGAGAAGAAGAGGGAGGAGCUGGUAGAGGUCCAGCUAUUGAUCGAAGACAUGGAUCGCGAUAUCAAAUGGAAGAAAGAGGAGCGCCGCAGGCUGGCAGAUCAGGAGGAGAAGCUGAUGGAAGAGUUCCUGGAGUAUGGGAAGUUGGUAAGGGAGGCUGAGAAGGUCGACAAGGACGAGAGGGCUGUGGGGGACGAGGAGGCACUGAAGAAUUGGGUAUGGUAG